CUGAAAAAUUGCCGUCAUCAUUCUUCGGUCCAACGCCUGCCCUUUGACUCUUUUCCCAGGCCCGGCCCAAUUUUUUGCAUCGAGGCAAAAACAACCGGGAAACCACUCAGCACUUCGAAGGACAGGUAUCAAACCAAUGUCCUCAACUCUGACGCUUCGUCUCUUGACGAUCUAAAGUUUCCACGUUUCUCUUUUUCUCUGUGCCAACAUCGCACCGAGACUUACUCCGCCGCUCUUUCUUGGGUUUGCGCUCUUCUCUGUACGAUAUCGCAUAGGUGCAUCCACACGAGCCGUUGUUCCCCUGUUGCCGUCGAUAUUUUUCUCAUCGAGGUCACCAGGGCCGAAGACAUAACCCGCAACCCCCUUACGACCCCCCCCUAAUACCCGGCCGAGAUGCUGCGCACCUCCAUCCGGGCGCUCCAGGGCGCCGCAUCCUCAUCGUCACGAUGCUUCUCGACAGCUACCGUCUCGUCGCGGGCCGGCUUCAAGCUCGCCGCCAGCCGCCGUCCCCUCGCCGUCGCCGCCCAAAAACGAUUCGAGAGCGCUCUUCACAAUCCGCCGGACCCGAACGACAACUUCCUGUCGGGUAAUACCGCCAAUUACAUUGAUGAGAUGUAUCUGCAGUGGAAGCGGGACCCCAAGAGUGUGCACGUAUCAUGGCAGGUCUACUUCAAGAACAUGGAGAGCGGCGACAUGCCCAUCUCCCAGGCCUUCACUCCGCCGCCAUCCUUGGUGCCCAGCACUCAGGCCGUCGUUGGCCUCGCAGCCGGCGCCGGUGUUGGCAUCGGCGAGGGCGCCGACAUCACCAACCAUCUCAAGGUCCAGCUGCUUGUGCGCGCAUACCAGGCCCGUGGGCAUCACAAGUCGAGGAUCGACCCCCUCGGCAUUCGCAAUGCCUCCAAGGGCUUUGGCAACAUCAAGCCCAAGGAGCUUGAGCUCGACUACUACCAGUUCAGCGAGAAAGACCUGGAUACCGAGUACACGCUGGGCCCCGGCAUCUUGCCUCGCUUCAGGCGCGAGGGCCGCGAGAAGAUGACGCUCCGCGAGAUUGUCGCUGCCUGUGAGAAGAUCUACUGCGGCUCAUAUGGCGUUGAAUUCAUCCACAUCCCGGACCGCGAGAAGUGCGACUGGCUGCGCGAGCGCCUUGAGGUGCCCCAGCCCUUCAAGUACUCGAUCGACGAGAAGCGCAGGAUUCUGGACCGCCUUAUCUGGAGCUCUAGCUUCGAAGCCUUCCUGGCCACAAAAUACCCCAAUGACAAGAGAUUUGGCCUGGAAGGCUGCGAAACCCUGGUACCCGGCAUGAAGGCUCUAAUUGAUCGCAGCGUCGACUAUGGCGUUAAGGAUAUUGUCAUUGGAAUGCCCCACCGCGGGCGUCUCAACGUCCUGAGCAACGUCGUCCGCAAGCCCAACGAAUCCAUCUUCAGCGAGUUUGCCGGCACGGCUGGCGCAGAAGACGAGGGCUCUGGCGACGUUAAAUACCACUUGGGCAUGAACUUUGAGCGGCCCACUCCCUCCGGAAAGCGCGUACAGUUGUCCCUGGUGGCCAACCCGUCCCAUCUUGAGGCCGAGGACCCCGUCGUUCUCGGCAAAGUCCGUGCUAUCCAGCACUACAACAACGACGAGGCGACUCACCGCAGCGCCAUGGCUGUGCUCCUGCACGGCGACGCCGCUUUCGCUGCCCAAGGUGUUGUCUACGAGUGUCUCGGCUUCCACUCCCUCCCGGCCUUCUCGACCGGCGGCACGAUCCACCUGGUGGUCAACAACCAGAUCGGCUUCACGACGGAUCCUCGCUUCGCUCGGUCGACAGCCUAUUGCACCGACAUCGCCAAGGCUAUCGACGCCCCCGUCUUCCACGUUAACGCAGACGACGUUGAGGCUGUCAAUUUCGUAUGCCAGCUAGCCGCCGACUGGCGGGCUGAGUUCAAGCAAGAUGUUAUCAUUGAUUUGGUCUGCUACCGGAAGCACGGCCACAACGAGACAGACCAGCCGUCAUUCACUCAACCUCUGAUGUACAAGCGCAUCCAGGAGAAGACCCCCCAGAUCGACAUUUACGUCGACCAGCUCCUGAAAGAGGGCACCUUCACCAAGGAGGACAUUGAGGAGCACAAGCAGUGGGUGUGGGGCAUGCUGGAGGAGAGCUUCUCCAAGUCCAAGGACUACCAGCCCACCUCCAAGGAGUGGACCACGAGCGCCUGGAACGGCUUCAAGUCGCCCAAGGAGCUGGCCACCGAGGUGCUGCCGCACAAGCCCACCGGCGUCGACAGGAAGACUCUGGAGCACAUUGGCGAGGUCAUUGGCACCGCGCCCGAAGGCUUCAACCUUCAUCGCAAUCUGAAGCGUAUCCUCGCCAACCGGACCAAGUCGGUGGUUGAGGGCAAAAACAUUGACUGGUCAACGGCCGAGGCGCUGGCUUUUGGCUCUCUGGUUACUGAGGGUCGCCACGUCCGUGUUUCGGGCCAGGAUGUGGAGCGUGGCACAUUCUCGCAGCGUCACGCCGUCUUCCAUGACCAGGAGACUGAAGACACUUACACGCCUCUUCAGCACGUCAGCAAGGAUCAGGGCAAGUUCGUCAUCUCCAACUCGUCACUCAGCGAGUUUGGUGCACUCGGCUUCGAGUACGGCUACUCGCUGACCGACCCCAACGGAUUCGUCAUGUGGGAGGCUCAGUUUGGCGACUUUGCCAACAACGCGCAAUGUAUUAUUGACCAGUUCAUCGCUUCUGGCGAGCAGAAGUGGAUGCAGCGCACCGGUCUCGUGAUGUCGCUGCCCCACGGCUACGACGGCCAGGGCCCCGAGCACUCCUCAGGCCGUCUGGAGCGCUUCCUCCAGCUCUGUAACGAGGAUCCUCGCGUGUUCCCCUCGCCCGAAAAGCUCAACCGUCAACACCAGGACUGCAACAUGCAGGUCGCCUACAUGACAAGCCCGUCCAAUCUGUUCCACAUUCUCCGGCGCCAGAUGAACCGGCAAUUCCGGAAACCCCUCAUCCUCUUCUUCUCCAAGUCGCUGCUGCGUCACCCAAUUGCCCGGUCCGAUAUUGAGGAGUUCAUCGGCGACUCCCAGUUCAGGUGGAUCAUUCCCGACCCGGCACACAAGUCGGGCGCUAUCAAGUCUCCCGAGGAGAUUGAUCGUGUGAUCCUGUGCACCGGUCAGGUGUACGCGGCGCUGCAAAAGUACCGCGCCGACAACAAGAUUGACAAUGUUGCCUUCACACGUAUCGAGCAGCUGCACCCCUUCCCUUGGGAACAGCUACGCGAGAACCUGGACAUGUACCCCAACGCCAAGACAAUCGUGUGGGCGCAGGAGGAGCCGCUCAACGCGGGCGCGUGGAGCUACACGCAGCCGCGCAUUGAAACGCUCCUGAACCAGACCAAGUACCACGACCGCAAGCAUGUUAUGUAUGCUGGGCGGAACCCUAGCGCCUCGGUCGCGACCGGUCUGAAGGCUUCACAUACCAAGGAGGAGCAGGAUCUGCUCGAAAUGGCUUUUACUGUCAAACAGGACAAGCUGAAGGGCGAGUGAAGGAGUAAAUGAAAUGGACCAUCAUUCAAGCCUGCUUAUUGCAGCGGAGUGGAUGACUUGGUCGUAACGGUUUCAUGUGUAACAUCAUCAUUAUUCAGUAUCGAUGCUUCAGCAAUAGAACGUAUGGGCAGGUCAGUUACCCAAGGAGUGCUUUUUCCUUUGUCUAACAGCAGAUGCGAUGUUAUUCAUCAAUGAUGGGUUGGGUCAUAGGGGUAGGCCGUAGGGGUAGGCAACGUAGAGUGACCAUCCCCACUCAAGAGAUAAUGGCUGUACAUAUAAUUAUUGAGAGUGUUUGAAUACUUCCGUCGCCUCCGAGAUUUAGAAGAGAGCGAAGUCUAUCACUGGUUGAAUCAAACACCUAUGAUGAAUUGACGAUGAUGUUG